CCAGUAACAAGUGAGAGCGCUCCGCCCGCGGCCGCCCCAGCCCCCUCCCCCGGCCCCAGCUCGGCAGCAAAGCGCACGGCAUCACCAGCUCCUCGCGCGCGGGUUUUUCUCUGCAACUUUCCCAGCCGACGACAUGGAAGCCUCUUCCAGCUCCUAAUGCGCCGCGGGCCCGGGAUCGCUUUCCUUAUCCUCUGGGCCCCUGGGUGUCCUGUGCACAGAUGACUCCCGAGCCCCGCUGACAGCUGUCUUCCCUGUCCUGGCUGCUGCCUCUGUUUCCUUGAGUUAGUUUCCCAAGGAUAUUUUUUUAACGGAACUCGGGAUCUCUUGGACUGAAUGGAACUUUUUGCUGCCCGUUUCUGUUGCUGAUUCUGUCAGUGGACAAGGAAAAAGGCUUCGGAGGCAAAAGAGGCGCAGGGGAGGUGGAGGAAGAGGACGAGGAGGAAGAGGAGGAGGAAGAAGCCGAAGGGGCUUGGCGCGGGUGUGUGCAUGUGUGCAUGCGUGUGUGAGUGCAUGUGUGUGAACACCGCCGCUGCCCAGGACCCCCAGCCCCGAAGGUGUUGGCCGAAAUAUGGAGAAUAGUCUUGGAUGUGUCUGGGUACCCAAGCUGGCUUUUGUACUCUUCGGAGCUUCCCUGCUCAGCGCGCAUCUUCAAGUCACGGGUUUCCAAAUUAAAGCUUUCACAUCCCUGCACUUCCUGUCGGAACCCUCUGAUGCUGUCGCAAUGCGGGGAGGAGAUGUCCUGCUCAACUGCUCUGCAGAAUCAGACCAAGGAGUUCCUGUUAUCAAGUGGAAGAAAGAUGGUAUCUACCUAGCCUUGGGCAUGGAUGAAAGGAAGCAGCAACUUCCCAAUGGGUCUCUGUUGAUACAAAACAUACUUCAUUCCAGACAUCACAAGCCGGAUGAAGGACUUUACCAAUGUGAGGCAUCGUUGGGAGAUUCUGGAUCAAUUAUUAGUCGGACAGCAAAAGUGUCAGUAGCAGGACCUCUGAGAUUCCUUUCCCAGACAGAAUCUAUCACAGCCUUCAUGGGUGAUACAGUGCUACUCAAGUGUGAAGUCAUUGGGGAGCCCAUGCCAACCAUAUACUGGCAGAAAAAUCAACAAGACCUCACUCCAGUCCCAGGAGACUCACGUGUGGUGGUCUUGCCCUCUGGUGCAUUGCAGAUCAGCCGACUUCAACCGGGGGAUAUUGGCAUCUACAGAUGUUCAGCACGGAAUCCAGCCAGCUCCAGGAUAGGAAAUGAAGCAGAAGUCAGAAUUUUAUCAGAUCCAGGGCUGCACAGGCAGCUCUAUUUCCUGCAAAGGCCGUCCAACGUUGUAGCCAUCGAAGGGAGAGACGCUGUUCUGGAAUGUUGUGUUUCUGGUUAUCCUCCGCCAAGUUUUACCUGGUUACGAGGCGAGGAAGCUGUCCAACUCAGGUCUAAAAAGUAUUCUUUAUUGGGUGGCAGCAACUUACUCAUCUCCAAUGUGACAGACGAUGAUAGUGGAACCUACACCUGUGUUGUCACUUACAAGAAUGAGAAUAUUAGUGCCUCCGCAGAGCUCACAGUCUUGGUUCCACCAUGGUUUUUAAAUCACCCUUCCAACCUCUAUGCCUAUGAAAGCAUGGAUAUUGAGUUUGAAUGUGCAGUUUCUGGGAAGCCUGUGCCCACUGUGAAUUGGAUGAAGAAUGGAGAUGUGGUCAUUCCUAGUGAUUAUUUUCAGAUAGUGGGUGGAAGCAACUUACGGAUUCUUGGGGUAGUGAAGUCAGAUGAAGGCUUUUAUCAAUGUGUGGCUGAAAAUGAGGCAGGCAAUGCCCAAAGCAGUGCACAGCUCAUCGUACCUAAGCCUGCUAUCCCAAGCUCCAGUGUCCUCCCUUCUGCUCCCAGAGACGUGGUCCCUGUCUUGGUUUCGAGUCGCUUUGUCCGGCUCAGCUGGCGCCCACCUGCAGAAGCAAAAGGGAAUAUUCAAACGUACACGGUCUUUUUCUGCAGAGAGGGCGACAACAGGGAGCGAGCAUUGAAUACAACCCAACCUGGGUCCCUUCAGCUCACUGUGGGAAACCUGAAACCAGAAGCCAUGUACACUUUCCGAGUUGUUGCCUACAAUGAGUGGGGGCCCGGGGAGAGUUCUCAACCCAUCAAGGUGGCCACUCAGCCUGAGUUGCAAGUUCCAGGGCCAGUAGAAAACCUGCAAGCUGUAUCUACCUCACCUACCUCAAUUCUUAUUACAUGGGAACCUCCUGCCUAUGCAAAUGGUCCAGUCCAAGGUUACAGAUUGUUCUGCACUGAAGUGUCUACUGGAAAAGAACAGAAUAUUGAGGUUGAUGGACUAUCUUAUAAACUGGAAGGCCUGAAAAAAUUCACGGAAUAUACUCUUCGAUUCCUAGCUUAUAAUCGCUAUGGGCCAGGAGUAUCCACUGAUGAUAUUACAGUAGUGACACUUUCUGAUGUGCCGAGUUCUCCACCUCAGAAUGUCUCACUGGAAGUGGUUAAUUCAAGGAGUAUCAAAGUAAGCUGGCUUCCUCCUCCAUCAGGAAUGCAAAAUGGAUUUAUUACUGGCUAUAAAAUUCGACACAGAAAGACAACCCGCAGGGGUGAGAUGGAAACACUGGAGCCAAAUAACCUCUGGUACCUGUUCACAGGACUGGAGAAGGGGAGUCAAUACAGUUUCCAAGUAUCGGCCAUGACUGUCAAUGGCACUGGGCCUCCUUCCAACUGGUAUACAGCAGAGACCCCAGAAAGUGACCUGGAUGAGUCUCAAGUUCCUGACCAGCCAAGCUCACUUCAUGUGAGGCCCCAGACCAACUGCAUCAUCAUGAGUUGGACUCCUCCGUUGAACCCAAACAUUGUGGUACGAGGUUACAUUAUUGGAUAUGGUGUUGGGAGUCCUUAUGCUGAGACAGUACGUGUGGACAGUAAGCAGCGGUAUUAUUCCAUUGAGAGGUUAGAGUCAAGUUCCCAUUAUGUAAUCUCCCUGAAAGCUUUCAACAAUGCAGGAGAAGGUGUUCCUCUCUAUGAAAGUGCUACCACCCGAUCUAUAACAGACCCCACUGACCCCGUUGAUUAUUAUCCUUUGCUUGAUGAUUUCCCCACUUCGGUCCCAGAUGUCUCCACCCCCAUGCUCCCACCAGUAGGUGUACAGGCUGUGGCUCUCACUCAUGAGGCUGUGAGAGUCAGCUGGGCAGACAACUCUGUCCCCAAGAACCAGAAAACAUCUGACAUGCGACUUUACACCGUCCGGUGGAGGACCAGCUUUUCUGCCAGUGCCAAGUACAAGUCAGAAGAUACAACCUCUCUCAGUUACACAGCAACGGGCCUCAAACCAAACACAAUGUAUGAGUUCUCAGUCAUGGUGACAAAAAACAGAAGGUCAAGCACGUGGAGCAUGACUGCACACGCCACCACUUAUGAAGCUGCCCCAACCUCUGCUCCCAAGGAUUUGACAGUCAUUACUCGAGAAGGGAAGCCCCGCACUGUCAUUGUGAGCUGGCAGCCUCCCUUGGAAGCCAAUGGGAAAAUUACUGCUUAUAUCUUGUUUUAUACAUUGGACAAGAACAUUCCCAUAGAUGACUGGAUUAUGGAGACCAUCAGUGGAGAUCGGCUUACCCAUCAAAUCAUGGACCUCAACCUUGACACUAUGUAUUACUUUCGGAUUCAAGCACGGAAUGCAAAGGGUGUGGGACCUCUCUCUGAUCCCAUCCUCUUCAGGACUCUCAAAGUGGAGCACCCUGACAAAAUGGCUAAUGAUCAAGGUCGUCAUGGAGAUGGAAGUUAUUGGCCAGUUGAUUCUAAUUUGAUUGAUAGAAGUACUCUCAAUGAGCCACCCAUUGGGCAGAUGCACCCCCCACACGGCAGUGCCACUCCGCAGAAGAACAGCAACCUGCUGGUGAUCAUCGUGGUCGCUGUCGGGGCCAUCACCGUGCUGGCGGUGGUGAUCGCAGCAGUGAUUUGCACACGGCGCUCCUCAGCACAGCAGAGAAAGAAACGAGCCACCCACAGUGUGGGCAAAAGGAAAGGCAGUCAAAAGGACCUUAGACCCCCUGACCUUUGGAUACAUCAUGAAGAAAUGGAGAUGAAAAACAUUGAGAAGCCAUCAGGAACUGAACCUGCAGGAAGGGACUCCCCCAUCCAAAGCUGUCAAGACCUCACACCAGUCAGCCACAGCCAGUCAGAAAGCCAACUGGGCAGCAAAAGCACUUCCCACUCAGGUCAAGAUACUGAAGAAGCAGGGAGCUCUAUGUCCACUCUGGAAAGGUCCCUGGCUGCACGCCGUGCUACCCGGACCAAGCUCAUGAUUCCCGUGGAGGCCCAGUCCAGCAACCCUGCUGUUGUGAGUGCCAUCCCUGUGCCAACCCUAGAAAGUGCCCAGUACCCCGGAAUCCUCCCAUCUCCCACAUGCGGGUACCCCCAUCCGCAGUUCACUCUCCGGCCGGUACCGUUCCCAACACUGUCAGUGGACCGAGGUUUUGGAGCAGGAAGAAGUCAGUCAGUGACUGAAGCGCCAGCCACACAACAGCCACCCCUGCUGCCUCCAGCUCAGCCCGAGCAUCCCAGCAGCGAGGAAGCCCCCAGCAGAACCAUUCCCACCGCUUGUGUCCGACCAACUCAUCCUCUCCGCAGCUUCGCCAACCCUCUGCUACCUCCGCCCAUGAGUGCAAUAGAACCGAAAGUCCCAUACACACCACUUCUGUCCCAACCAGGGCCUACUCUUCCCAAGACCCAUGUGAAAACCGCAUCUCUUGGGUUGGCUGGAAAGGCAAGAUCCCCUUUGCUUCCCGUGUCUGUGCCAACAGCCCCUGAAGUGUCUGAAGAGAGCCACAAGCCAGCGGAGGAUCCAGCCAGUGUGUAUGAACAGGAUGAUCUGAGUGAGCAAAUGGCAAGUUUGGAAGGGCUGAUGAAGCAACUUAAUGCCAUCACGGGCUCAGCUUUUUAACAUGUAUCACUGAAGUGAUGAGGUGAAUUUUCUGUGAACUUUGCAGCAUACCAGUUUACCAUAACAGCACACCUGUGUCCAAGAACUCUAACUGGUGUAAUGGUCAACCAUCAGGACAACUCAGUUACAGAAGGUCUGAAGCAGUUUAGAAGGAAUAAGCAUCCCACCCUUCAUAGGAAUCAGGAAUUGUAAAAUGAUGCCUAUGAGGUCCCUCCGCAAAAGCAGAGAUGCAUCUUCAAUGCAAAGUCUUGGCUGCGGCUGCUGAGAGAGUCCUGGGUCACUUACUGCAGCUGCCACCUGUCAUCGCUGAUGCCUGUGCUUUCUUUUGUCAAGACCAGUCUUUCCAUGUGCAGGUCUAGUCCUAGGAAAUGCAAGUGCAUUUUCUAAGCCUGUGCCAUCCCAUGGCAGACCAGUGCAAGGUCGCUAUUUUUAUUUUCAUUUUUUGAGAGUAUGAAGCACCCAUGGGUAAUCUCACUCCAUAGCACCAAAGGAUUGGAUGUUUCCCUAACAGCACAAAAGUAUUUAAAGUAAAACAAAACAAAAGACAGUGAAUGCUUAUGUUUAUGACUCAGUUAUUCAUAUCACACAAGUGGCAGAUAUUAGUAAGUGGUUUGAAAUUUACAAAUUUUAGAAAGGAAGAAUUUGUAAACCCUCCCUUGGUUAACAUCUAUGUCUGGAAUGCAGGAACACAAAAAUCUGUGACUGGUGGCUUUGUGCCAGCAGCACCAUAAUUCCAAAAUGAGGACACAGUAUGCGGUCUUCUCAGACAUGGUGAUAAUAUGCUUAGACUUAUAGUAGGACAGCUAUCAAUUUGGGUGGCUUCUGUGCCGUCCCACACUGUGAUGACAAGUCAGAGUGUCUGCUUCAGGAGCUCAGCCACGGGAGCUCCCUCCUCCCUCCUUCUCAGCCCUCCCUAGUUUCUCCUUAGCAAUGAGCCUUAGAGAAGGAGGGCAGCUCCGUACAUCCGAUAGCCCUCUAUAGAAACUGGUGACUUCCUGAGAAUGGGCUCUGAAAAAGGAGAGGAACAUGAAAGACAGUUCCCAGAACACCUCUUCUUGAGUGGUGCCACAUACACUGUCAGCAUCUUCAGUGAGCUAUGCCAGCAAUGCUGACAAAUAUUGACCACCUGGCUCUAGUGCCAGGGUAAAUCUUUCAUGCCAUGCCUCUGUCAGAGUCUAGGAGCUGCAGAAGGAUGGGUGCCACUUCACACCUGACACACCAUAACUCCAGUAGAAAUUUUCAUAGCAGCAUAGUGUACUGUGGUCUAGAAUUUUACACUUCUACCACCAUGUUACCCACAGCUUGGAACUAGCUGAAAUUAAGAACAUUUUGUGUGCACCCUUUUAGCUUAUGAAUUUUCAGCUGUAUUGGGAGUUAAUCCCUAUUUAUGCAGCCAAGUCGCCGAAAGGAAGCUAGUUUGCAUAUUUAUCAGUUAGGUGACUUGAAAAUCCAAUGAAAGAGUUUCAGCCGAAUUAUUCCUUUCCGCUCUGCCUUUGAUUUCAAGCUUGAAUAGGUCAUAAUUUUAAAAGAGCAUGGCAAGGAUAGGAUCUUUACAACCUAAUAGCUCCUUUUAUUAGGUGGGUAAUUAUAUAUGAAUCCCUGAAUGAAAUAUUUUGAGCAAAAUGGCACUGUAACAGAAGUAAUAAUUCAGAUUAUUUUUUUACAGUUUUAUGUCAGGAAGGAAAUCUGAUGUCAAAGAGAGGGCUUGUUCAAAUGGUUCAUUAGUAGGUCCGGUCCAUUUGUAAAGCAGUUCCUUCAACAAGAGUGCUUCUUCCAUUUACCAAGAAUCUCUGGAAGUCCUUUCAAAGAGCUAUGUGAUGUUAUUUGAUGGGACAGAAUACUUUUGUUCAAUAUCUGGGUACUUAGGUAGAUAGCCCUUCACCAAUCUGAAAUAGAGCACUUCAUAACACAGUACUGAAUCUUUCAAACUUAAUCCAUCACUGCAAAGGUUAAAGUCCUUAUGAAGCUAGCCUAACUUUCUCAAGGUACUAGAAUACCCUCUCCUUUUCAUUACACACAAACAAAGGGACAUUUGGUACUCACUAGCACUAUCCCAAGUACUUAGUUUGAGAUGUGCUACAGAUCUUAGAUAUCAGGGACUGAUUUUUAACUAAAACCUGUUUGUAGAAUAUAGUUGGACAAUCAAAACAACUAGCAUUUUCACAAAAAUUUUAAAAUUCUCCAGUCAACAUUUUAGUUUAAUCUUUAAAAAUUUAUAAAAGUAUACAUUAUGUUUUUGGACUGGCACUAUAUUUCUGCCACCUGCUUUUGAAACUUUCCUUAAACAUGUACAAUUGUUUAGCAUUAUUAAUUAGUCAUACCGCCAUCUCUUGCAUGGACAGUAGAAUCACUUAAAACAUGCUCAUAAGUCUCCAAUAUCAUUUACUGGGCAUUUUAAUGUGCAAUGAGCUUAGCAUUGCUUCUGUAUAGCUCUUGUCCCCUAACCCCUGUGAGUUUCACUUGUGCACAAAGAACAUGCCCAGGUAUCAGGUCACUUUUUAAAUUCCCUAGUCUCCUGAUCUCUAGACAGGGAAAAAAAUAAAGGAAAAAAAAAAAAAACAUCCAUGGUGAAUAGUGUGUGGUAGUCUCUAUUUUGCUUCUUUUCUGAGUCUAGUUCAUGGCAUAACCAGACCCUGUGAGCUCAUAAAUCUCUCUGACUCCUCUAGGGCAAAGCUUGACAGGCAGCCAGCAUCUCUGCCAGCAGGAGUCAUUUCUCCCUGAGAAAAAAGAAAAUCAAACUUGGCAGAGCAUGUUCAGACCUCCCAAAACUUUGCUGAAAUGCAAGGCAAAAGGUUGAUGUAGGAAAAGUUUAGUAUUUUUCUUUGUAUUCAAUUCUGAUAAAAACAAAGUGAGCUAUUUUCAUUUCUCUAGAAAUUUCUGCAUUUGUUAAAAUCACAAAAAUAAGGAUAGCUCAAAAUGUGCACAGAAUAUUUAUAUAAUGCUAUAGCAAAAAUGUAAAUAUUUCUUAGUGAUUCUCAUUCACUGGGUAACUGGUUGUAGCAGCCUCUUUGAGCAAUAGUCUCAUAAGCUUCUAGACUAUUUAAAUAAUAACAGCUUUACAUUUGGGCACUAUAAAAUGCACAUUCAAUUGAACCUCUAAAAAUUACCAAGCCAGUGUUCUAAGAUAUGGAUUUUCUAAGGCUUUCUUUUAGCAGCUAAAUAUAACUAAUUUGUUUCUUCAAAAUAAAGAUUGUUAGCCAGGUGUGGUGGCGCAUUCCUUUAUCCCCAGCUCUCGAGAGGCAGAGAUAGGAGGAUCUUCAUGGGUUUGAGGCCACCCUGCAACUACACAGUGAAUUCCAGGUCAGCUUGAGCUAGAGUGAGACCCUACCUUGAAAAAUCAAAUAAAGAACUACAUAAAGAUUGUUGAAAAUCCAGUGCAGGUGUAUCCCCUGCCUUGCUGGCAUCUAAUAUUAGACUGAUAUUUCAGACAGCAUUCUGAAAUGCAAGCUUUCCAGAUAAACCCUUGCAGGUCUUUGUGGGAAGCCCUCAGAGUUUGUAUUUAUGUUCACUGAAACUUUCCAACUCAGUUUCCUUCCACUAACAUUGGAAGAAUCAGCAUCUUAAAGCCACCAGCAAGUGGGAUAAAUUGUCUCAGAAAUGGAAGCUGGACUGUAACAAAAGGCGACCUCUUAAGAGAUUACCUUAUCAUUCUACAUAUACUUGUAUCCCAAGCCCAGAGCUCUAGUGGUCUUGGCAUGCUCUUUCCCAGUGAAAGGGCCAACAGAAAAUGGAAACAUUUUCAAGUCUUAGAUAAAUUUAAAGAAAAAAGCAGUCUGUACCUUAAAUUAGACGUGAAGAAGUCUUCUCCCUCCCUUCUUUACCCACUUCUGUUCAUGCAGCCACAGACAAUCCCCAAAACUAAAGCUUAGUAUCAUGCCCUGCUUAUUGUUACAUCAAUACAGGCCCAGGACAUUAUAGAGUUACAGAAGCAAUCACACACUUUCUUUUCCAAAAUCAUAUUCAAAACAUUUUCCUCAUAAUUUGUAUUCUUCCAGUGCUUUCAGAAGUCAUUUUAAUAUUACUCAGAAAAGCUAUCCACCUAAGGCCAGUAUAAUAAAGUAUUUCAAAUAAUUUUGAAAUUAUAGAUAUUUUAUAUGACAUCCCACCCUAUUAAAAAAUGUACACAACCAUACCCAAGUAUACUCUGCUAGUCCAAACUCUGCUUCCAAAAAUAUUUGAUUCUGAAAAGAAAUGCUACUAUUCCUUGGUCAGUGUGGUUAGAUAGGAGGUCCAAUGCCAUGCCCACUGUAGGAAAUGCAGAACCUCUGACCUAGACUCUCCUGGCCACCGUUGAAUAACAUUCACUUGCCUGACUUCCAGCUGCACUCUGAAGGGUGUUUUAUCUUGCUCUCUGUAGAGAGCCUUUGUAAGU